AUGGCGAGGACAAGUAUUCAAAGUACUACAACCCCGAGUGCGAGGGGUGGUACCGAAGUCCGACAAGAGUCGCCUGCCAAAUCCUACAAGCGCAAAUUGACAGAGGCACGAUGCGAACAGAACCGCCGGUCUCAACGGGUAUGGCGCGAGAAGCAGAAACGACAGCGCGAUGAAGAAGUCAAGGCCAGAGUCCAAGAAGAACUGCAGAAACUUGGGAGUCGAAGCAGACAGGAGCCCUUACUAGUAUUGGACGGUGAAGCUGGAACUGAAGCUGAGACGGAACUACUAGUAUCACCUUGGACCAGUCGCGAUAGGAUUGUCGCUGCCGCUGCCACGGACAUCUCACAACCUCAGCCUCAGCCUCAAGCUCACCGAGAGCAUCAUCCACUGGUGUGUGAAGUUGACCAACCACUGGCAGUAGAAGGGGACAGGCCUGUUACCAGCAGCGCCUCAUCGACAGAGGAUGCUGGUACUAGGACUGGUACAGGCAUACAUCUGCCCGAUCCCGUCCUCCCCUUGACCACGGCCUUGUAUUACUUCCUGCCAGCGGACCCGCACACCGUGGACAUGCGAUGUUUCUGGCCAUGUCCCGAGGGCAUCGAGCAUAAUCUGUAUGAACCUCCACCGAAGCAUCUACCGAAGCCUUCCUCAUCCGAUUACGUUUCUACUAUCACUACUGCCACUCCUCCUCCUCCUGCUCCUCCGAGGGUUCCACUCUCAGGCUCACGUGGUCGAUUGCCAUUACCAGUACCAGCACCACUACCGUCUUCGCCGUCUUCCACACGAGGUCUCCCAUCUCCAUACCUCAAUCACCUCCAACUCGUCGGAGAGUCGUGCUUCGCAGCAACCCUGUCCAUCGCGACGGGUUUAGGCAUCACGCGCGCAUCGUACGUCAACGACCACCCAUCGCCUUUUUCCUUUUCUUCUUCGACACCAACAACAUCAACAUCGUUAUCAACUGUGGCCAACAACACCAUCCACACCUUCCAGACCAUCCCCAUCGACCUCCGACCCUCAGCCAUCCAGAUCAUGCUCCCGCACCCGUGCUAUCUCGACUGCAUCCCGUUCCCGCACUUCCGCAGCAUGGCAGUGUAUCUGUCCAGCCUCGGCCGUCUCGACCACUGCAGUUUCUUCCUCGACAUCAUGCACGACGGUAUGGUAUGCUGGGGUAGCAGCAGCAGCAGCCGUCACGGCGGCGGCGGCGGCGGCGGCGUGCCGUGGAACAGACGCAGCUGGGAAGUGAAACCGUGGUUCUGGCGGAAGUGGGGAUGGAUCGCCAGGACGAGUGUCGAGGAGAUUGACGCUGGCGUACCCGUGCCCGUGCCCGUGCCCGUGCCGCCGGUUCAGCAUCGCGAGACUGAGACCGCGGCCGCGGUCGAGACCGAAGUCGAUGAUGAAGAUGGCAUGCUGAGUGGGAGUCGCUGGUGGUGGUCGCUGCAGGACGACGACGAGGAAUGCAAUGGCUCGGGCUCUGGUGUGUCCGCGUCCGCGUCUGUGCCUGAGCCUGAGUAUCAACAGCAAGAAGAAUUGGGCAGUUAUCUGAGUCGCAUGCGUACUGCCAAUGUUGGGCUUCGACAAACGAACGAGAAGCACCUACUCAGAAUGUGGGAUGGAGUGCGGGAGUACCGCUAUGUCGAGGUGUAA